AUGGUUGUUUUUAAAUUUUGCAGACGAUACCAGAAGUUGCAGAAGAUUAUGAAGCCUUGCUUUGGAGACAUGCUGUCAUUUACCCUGACGGCCUUUGUAGAGCUGAUGGACCAUGGCAUAGUGUCGUGGGAUACGUUUUCUGUGGCGUUCAUUAAGAAGAUAGCGAGUUUCGUGAACAAGUCAGCCAUAGACAUCUCAAUCCUGCAGCGGUCCUUGGCCAUUUUGGAGUCGAUGGUGCUCAAUAGCCAUGACCUCUACCAGAAGGUGGCACAAGAGAUCACCAUCGGCCAGCUCAUCCCGCAUCUUCAGGGGACAGACCAAGAAAUCCAGACCUAUACCAUUGCAGUGAUUAAUGCGCUUUUCCUGAAGGCUCCUGAUGAGAGAAGGCAGGUUGAUGUUGAGAGCAGUGUUGACAUCCUUGAUUGUCCUCUGACUGAGAUGGCGAAUAUCUUGGCUCAGAAGCAGCUGCGCUCCAUCAUUUUGACCCACGUCAUCCGAGCCCAGCGGGCCAUCAACAACGAGAUGGCGCACCAGCUGUACGUCCUGCAGGUGCUCACCUUCAACCUCCUGGAAGACAGGAUGAUGGCCAAGAUGGACCCCCAGGACCAGGCUCAGAGGGACAUCAUAUUUGAACUUCGAAGAAUUGCUUUUGAUGCAGAGUCUGAACCUAAUAACAGCGGUGGCAGCAUGGAGAAACGCAAGUCCAUGUACACCCGGGAUUAUAAAAAACUUGGCUUCAUUAACCAUGUGAACCCUGCCAUGGACUUUACGCAGACCCCUCCUGGAAUGCUGGCUCUGGACAACAUGCUGUACUUUGCUAAGCACCACCAGGAUGCGUACAUCCGGAUUGUGCUUGAGAACAGCAGCCGAGAAGAUAAGCACGAAUGUCCCUUUGGCCGCAGCAGCAUAGAACUGACCAAGAUGCUGUGUGAGAUCUUGAAAGUGGGCGAGCUGCGUAAGUACACCUGUUCCCACGUGGGGUGA